UGACUCCAUCAUGAGCAGUAACAUGGUUAAUGUGGGCUCCUGUUAGCUGGGGAUGGAGUGGCCAGCCUCAGCCUUGUGUAACCCAUUGUUUCCAAAGAGCUGCAGGCUGCAGAAGGCCCCAAGCUCUCAGGCCAGCUGUGGCUUCUUUGCUGAGAUGGAGGUAUAGCCAAGAAAGCAGCCUGGAAAGUAAGAAGGACAAAAAAUCAAGGCAAAGAGGGUGGGUGAACCAGGCCAUACACGGUGGCCAUGGAGCAGCAGCCCAUCUUUCCCGAGGGAUGGACUGAGGGCUUGGCUACUCCCCUGACCAUAAAUGGCUUGACUAGGGUUCUCUUGGAGCCACCUCUCAGCCUGCCUCUGCAGCUUUGUCAGCUAACUGUUUCUACAAAUGAAAGACACAAGCCAAUAACGCCAGCGAGAAAGGAGCUUGCCAAAGGCAGUGUACGAAGAAGGUUCUUGGGAGACUAUCAGAAAUGAGUUUUUCACUGAACUUCACCCUGCCGGCGAACACAGUAAGUACAGCAGCCCCCAUUCACCAGGCAAUGCAGAGAAGACCCGUGCAGAAUUUACAACAUCCUCUCCUGUUACAAGUGGGAAAGAAACGGACUGCGGGCCCUCUCUUGGAUUAGCGGCGAGCAUCCCAUCCCUGGUGGCCACAGCCCUGCUGGUGGCUUUACUAUUUACUUUGAUUCACCGAAGAAGAAGCAGCAUUGAGGCCAUGGAGGAAAGUGACAGACCUUGUGAAAUUUCAGAAAUUGAUGACAAUCCCAAGAUAUCUGAGAAUCCUAGGAGAUCACCCACACAUGAGAAGAAUACGAUGGGAGCACAAGAAGCCCACAUAUAUGUGAAGACUGUAGCAGGAAGCGAGGAACCUGUGCAUGACCCUUACCGUCCUACUAUAGAAAUGGAAAGAAGGAGGGGAUUGUGGUGGCUUGUGCCAAGACUGAGCCUGGAAUGAUGCAGCUCAGUCAAGGAGCAGACCUGGCACUGGAACAGGGUUGAAAACCCAGGGUUUUGUACUUGGAGAGGAGAGAUGCCAAGCUGCUUCUUAAUCAAUCCAAAUUUCAUUUACAGAUCUGGAACACUUUGGGGCUGAUUUGUCUCCUUAGGGGAUAUCCCCAAUAUGGUUAAUUCCAACUCUCAGACCUUGUGCUUUAGUUAGUACAUGUGACUCACCAGAUGGGGUCCUUAGAUCCUGUUCCUGCUCCCAAUGGGAAUUUGCUUUUCUUUGUCAUUUUGGGAAAGGGGCUUGGUUUCUGAGUGUCUUGCCUUCUCAUCUUUUUUUUCAUAUCCUUUUUCUCAAAAAAGCCAUCAGCUCUGACUUCCAUGGAAGUGUUGCCAAGGUCAGCCUGGUGCAAGUUGGGAUAUAAAUGAAACUUAUGCAGGAUGUAUGAGAGGAAGCAGUUAAUUGUUUCUGAAUAACUCAGGGUAGAAAUCACAUGAAGCCACACAUUCCCUGACCACAGGGAAGCACAUGGCUCAGUCAUGUCAUACAGCAGUGGAAAGAAUAUGGAUUCUUAAGUCACACCUACCACUGAGCAGCUAUACGACUUUGGAGAAGUUGUUUAACAUUUCUAAGCCUCAGUUUUUGCUUUUUUAAAGGAGGAGAAAUAUUUGCCUCAUGUCAUAAUUGAAAAGAUUAAAUAAGAAAUAAAGGGACGUGUCUGCUACUUAGUUGCCAGUCAAAAUGUUAGUUCUCUCUCUCUGCCCCCUUCCUCCUACCUCUUCCCAUAUUGCUUGCCUGAUAAAAUAGCUAGUCACCAGCAUUUGUUCCCCAUAGUCACAGGGUCACACAAGGGAACAUUUAGGGCAAACUUUCUGCAAGGCCUGUGGUCCAAACUGUUAUCUAAAGAUGAUUCUAGGUGUUGCUGGUAGUAUGUGAAUCUUCCAAUCUAGGUGUAAUCGUGUCCUCAUAUGAAUCAGGAAAAGCCAGGUUCUUACAAGUUCCAAAUUCCAUAUACAGAAACUGGUGGUGUUACAUUUAACCUCAAAGAUGUUAAUGUUGAUGGAAAUUCAUGUUUCAUAUUAAAACACUUCGUCUUUACAAUGAAACAUUUUGCUUAAUUUUUAAAGUAAGACAUUAUGAUACCUCUGAUGGCAGCUCCUCAAAUAGCUUUAACUUUUGUGCUUUAGGGAUAGUUGUUAAACUUACAGUUUCUUUUAUGUUAUUUUUUAAAGGCUUCAGAUUAAACAAGAGUCCUUAAGCCCAUGCAUAGCAUUGCCAUUUCAGCUUGCUGAGGACUCUCUCCAAGGAGGCCAAAUGGAAAAGGAGAGGCCACUUCAAGUGGUGCUGGCUCAUUAAGCCUAUUGGGCAGACUAUAACCAGGUUGCCUUAUUCUGUGUGGAUUACUCCAGGACAGGCCACCCUCCAGCGUUCUCUUAUCCCAGUAACUCCUCUUCCCAUUUUCCAAUCCCUCCCCAGCCUUUUUUUUAUUUCCCUUCUGUACUCUUCUUUUGCCUUCAAUACAAAUUUCAUUUCUUCUGUGACUUUGGUCAGACUUCCUUCUAGCAUGUGUCAGCUACCCCACCCCCCAGCUGGCCUAGGAGACACGUCAUUCAUUGCUCCUACUUGUGUCUGUAAUCAGAGAGUAUUUAAGGAGGGCAGUUCUGUGAUGGACUGUGUGUGUGUGUGUGUGUGUGUGUUGAAAAUAAAGAUGGCUGGGGGAAGGCAAGAGUUUCUCCAAGAUAUUAUUAGAAAUGAGGG